AUGCUCUCAUGUGGAAAGAGUUUCAGGCUCAAAGAAACCCUAAAGACUCAUAUAAGAAGUCACACCGGAGAGAAUCCAUUCUCAUGUGAUCAGUGUGGAAAGAGUUACAGAUAUAAAGAAAACCUUAAUAAUCACGUGAAGAUUCACUCAAGAGUGAAGAGUUUUAAAUGUCAUCAGUGCGAAAGGAGUUUCACAGACAGGAAACAUCUUAAGAAUCAUGUUAAAAUUCACAUCGGAGAAAAGCCUUUCAUGUGCCAUCACUGUGGGAAGAGUUGCUCAAAAGAAAGAAGCCUCAAGAUUCACUUGAGAAUUCACACUGAAGAGAAACCUUUCACCUGUGAACCGUGUGGAAAGAGUUUCAGGACUAAAGGAAACCUUCAGAUUCACAAGGUAGUUCACACUGGAGAGAAGCCUUACAAGUGUCUUCAGUAUCACCCUGCUGAAAAAUCCAGCAUAAACCAGCAUGGAUUCCAAGCUGAUCCAUGCUGCUUUAUGCUGGUUAGUGCUGAUCCAGGCUGGUUGAUGCUGUGUGGAAAGAGUUUCAGGCUCAAAGAAACCCUAAAGACUCAUAUAAGAAGUCACACCGGAGAGAAUCCAUUCUCAUGUGAUCAGUGUGGAAAGAGUUACAGAUAUAAAGAAAACCUUAAUAAUCACGUGAAGAUUCACUCAAGAGUGAAGAGUUUUAAAUGUCAUCAGUGCGAAAGGAGUUUCACAGACAGGAAACAUCUUAAGAAUCAUGUUAAAAUUCACAUCGGAGAAAAGCCUUUCAUGUGCCAUCACUGUGGGAAGAGUUGCUCAAAAGAAAGAAGCCUCAAGAUUCACUUGAGAAUUCACACUGAAGAGAAACCUUUCACCUGUGAACCGUGUGGAAAGAGUUUCAGGACUAAAGGAAACCUUCAGAUUCACAUGGUAGUUCACACUGGAGAGAAGCCUUACAAGUGUCUUCAGUGUGAGAAGAGUUUCUCAAGUCAAAGCAGCAUGACACGUCAUUUGAAAACUCAUUCUGGGAAGAAAUUGCCAUUUUCCUCAGAGUGA